GCGCGCGGGCGGGCGGGGGCGCAGCCGGCACCAUGUCCAUGCUGCCCACCUUUGGCUUCACGCAGGAGCAAGUGGCGUGCGUGUGCGAGGUGCUGCAGCAGGGAGGCAACAUUGAGCGGCUGGGCCGCUUCCUGUGGUCGCUGCCCGCCUGCGAGCACCUCCACAAGAAUGAAAGCGUGCUCAAGGCCAAGGCCGUGGUGGCCUUCCACCGCGGCAACUUCCGCGAGCUCUACAAGAUCCUGGAGAGCCACCAGUUCUCGCCACACAACCACGCCAAGCUGCAGCAGCUAUGGCUCAAGGCCCACUACAUCGAGGCGGAGAAGCUGCGUGGCCGGCCCUUGGGCGCUGUGGGCAAAUAUCGCGUGCGACGCAAGUUCCCGCUGCCGCGCUCCAUCUGGGACGGCGAGGAGACCAGCUACUGCUUCAAGGAAAAGAGUCGCAGCGUGUUGCGAGAGUGGUACGCUCACAACCCCUACCCGUCACCCCGGGAGAAGCGCGAGCUGGCGGAGGCCACAGGCCUCACCACCACGCAGGUCAGCAACUGGUUCAAGAACCGGCGGCAGCGCGACCGGGCCGCCGAGGCCAAGGAAAGGGAGAACAGCGAGAACUCCAAUUCCAACAGCCACAACCCACUGGCUUCUUCUCUUAAUGGAAGCGGCAAGUCGGUGCUAGGCAGCUCUGAAGACGAGAAGACGCCGUCGGGGACGCCAGACCACUCGUCGUCCAGCCCCGCGCUCCUACUCAGUCCGCCGCCACCACCCGGGCUGCCGUCCCUGCACAGCCUGGGCCACCCUCCGGGACCCAGCGCAGUGCCGGUGCCUGUGCCGGGCGGAGGCGGGGCGGACCCACUGCAGCAUCAUCACGGCCUCCAGGACUCCAUCCUCAACCCCAUGUCGGCCAACCUCGUGGACCUGGGCUCCUAGAGCUCUGCUGCCUCUUCGCGUUUGCCUUCCAGGCUUGGCGCUGGGACCCGAGAGAAGGCGGUGCCCGGAGGGCCCCAGCGCCGGCGGCCCCUCCAGGUACUGAAAGACCCGCGCGCAAGGCCGGCAGAACCGCCGGCAGGGACAAAGCGGAUGGCACUCUGGGUCCUUAUUUGGAAUUUAUUUUCAACAAGCCGCUUUUGAGAUCCUUUGGAGGCCGGGGACCAGGUCUUGAACCAGGGAAGGGAAUAAAUUAUAUACACCAUUCUCAUUCUUUCUCUCCGUCUUUUCUUUCUUCUCUCCUCUUGCCUGCACCCCUUUCCUCCUCUUCCUUUCCUUUUCUUUUCUCCUUUCUCCGUUUUCUGUCCUUUCGCCUCUCCUCUCUCUCCUCUUCUUGCUUUUCCUUGUUUUCUUCUAGAUUUCUAGCUCUUUUUUCUUUGUCUCUCCUGAUGGUGUCUUGCACUCUGCCUUGGCCCUCUGGGUCUGUACCCUCUCUCUCUUCCGGUCUGGCCAUUGAUUUCCCUCUCCGCACUUUCCGGGAGUGGGGAGGAGGAAAAGGCCCUUAAAGUCUUGGAUCCUAGGUCAUCUCCAAAGGCUUUCCGGAGAGGAAACCCAGCUGCAGGUGUCAGCUUUUCGCCUAGUAACUUAAGUGAAAGGCAUCCCAGAAGCUCUUUUAUUCUCCCCUUGAUCUCGCUGUCGCUCUCGCUGUCACUCUUGCUCUCUCCUGCUCUCUCUGCGAGGCUCCUCCACGAUGCUCUCUCCUCUUUCCCCGGACUGUGGCCGCAGCACUCCCGGCAGAGCGUGCCUCCCGAGCCGCGGUCUUGCCGUUUCCCUGUUACGCCCUCCUGUGAAUGUUCUUCGGAA